UGUUUCGUACGGCGUUUUUCGUCUGUAACGAUUGUUUCGCAAAAGCGUUUCAGAACCCAUUUAAUUGUUCGCUUCCGCCGUUCGACAAUGACUAAGUGUGUGGCACAAGAAACAAGUGUUUCGCACCAUAGACUGUGAUGGCGUAAGAAAACCGUGACGAUGUCCCAGAAACAGAAAUUCACAAUCGACGAUGCCUUCGAACCGGAGGACGAUGAUGCGAUCCGUACGUAUGGGUCGACCACGGAAAGCACACCUUUGAAGCCAAAACGAGGUUUGUCACCAGAUGAAAGCAUUGUCGUCAGAGUAGAGGAUUCCAAGGAGCGCGGUAUGCUCAGCAGACUCAAGCUACCGGAUGAUGCACUUUCGAAGGACAGCGAUUCUCUAAUACAAGGGGAAAUGGGUCACAGCAAGUACAACACAAAAGAAGGAUGGUGGACGCAUCCGAAAGUAAAAGAAAACUGGAGGGUCAUGUUGGCUGCCUUUGGUCUUCUACUCGGUGGAGUUGGGCUGAUAAUCACAGGAAUCAUUGUGCAGUUGAACCCUAAAAUUGGAGUUCAAGGGUUUGUUUUCUUCAUUGCUGGAGCGAUCUGCUUCAUACCUGGGGCCUACCACGUGGUGUAUGUGUACUGCGCAGUGAAGGGCAAGAGAGGAUAUGACUUCUACAACUUGCCUCUGUUCAACUAAUUUGUAUAAGGGUUUCCAUAUGCUACCUCUUCUUGCUAGCUGGGUUUAGCAGGUUAGGUAGGUAUACUAGUAGAUUUACUGCUCCAGUUGGUUGCAUAGGAGCAAGGAGCAAGUGUAACCUUGCAGUUGGAACAUUGUAUAUAGAAAUAUGUAACAAAUACUUUGGUCGAGCUAGCAGAGAUUGUUUUUUAAGAGAGCAACACAUUGGCAUCAUCUUCAUUGAGUCGGUACCUUUUAAAAAUGUUAUCCUUUUUUUGGAUGAUUAUAGAAAAAGCGUUAAUGUGUGUUUUUUUUUAGAGGAAUUUUCUGCACAAAACUACACGAUAUGCUAAACAAAUUUUUUAUAGCCUUCUCUCCAGCACUGAAUGGAAAAAAUUGUUAACAUUUUUGUGCAUAUACUAUGUUGGUAGUGGCUGAAGAAAAGAACAAACUUUAUUUUGUAGUUCUUUUUAUCUGUUCAGCCGAUGUUGUACCGUAGUUAUCUCACCUCGGAAGUCACUGACAUGUUGGAAAACUCCAUUACUUUGCUCGUAUACUCGAGUCUUAACCCAAGUCAUCAUUGCGUACGCACACUGUGAGGUGUACUCGAAUAUUGCGGAGUCUAGUCUGUACAGUUAGAUAUGGCUGGCCAUUUUAAGUGUCGUUUACAAAGUUGUAUGUACACUUUAUAAUUCCGCGCGGGCCUUCAGGGAAAUGUAUCUCUGUUUUUAAAAAAAAAUUCCGCGCAUGCCACACAAUAUACUACAUUCCAUUGUUUUCUGUGAGGUCCACGCUCUCCAGCAACUUGCACACAGGCUACUCGAGAAGAACUGUUCUCUCCCGCUUAAAUAGCGUGGAAAUUGAUGGAGUAGCUCAUAUUUGUUCCUCCUGAGUGGCAGCAACGCUUCUAGUUAGCAGCGGCAAAUAUGGGGAGCUGAAAUGUGCUUGCGGGCGGGCUUGUUAAUCUUUUGUCGGAAUGUAUUGCUAGUCAUUGCUUUCUGUCUGUCUGUACACGGGAAAUGGAGUGUGUGCGAGAGCUGUUAAUUAACACGACGCUACGGACAGAUUGUACUCGGUCAACAACAACAUUUUAUUUUGCUGAUGACGAGACAAUUGUUGUUCAUUAACUGUGUGUGUGUGUGUGUGUGUGACCGUCCGAUGGCGGUGUCCGAAUAAUCGAGCACGUCCGAAAAAACGGCGUCCGAAAAAUCGGUCGGGGACUGUAAUUGGGUGAAAAUACGACGACGAGCUCCCCGAGUGGCAUUGGUCACCUGGAUUUGACCAUGGACAAAGCAAUUUCAGUGAGAGGAAGAGAGUCUAGCUCGUUUACACUGCUGUCACACAGGUAUUCCAAUGAUAAUUGAGACCAGUGGCCGUUGAACAUUUCGAGCACCGUUGACAAUGUGCAGCUGCCACACAGCCCGAUCCACUGCUGCUUGAGAGGUUGACAUGUUAUACACCAGGUGGUGCUACGCUCAGUAGGGGGCCACUCAUCUGUUCGCCCAUCGCCAUAAGCUUUAGUACUACAGGUUUUCCCGGUGAUUUUAAUUCAAGUGCCAAAGUGCCAUCGAAAUUAAUCCACGUGCCAUGCACACUUUAUGGGGCAUGGAUUAAUUUAGCUGGCACUUGGAUUAAAAUCGUCGGGAAAACCUGUAGACAAAAGGCGUGUAUAGUCUAGGAAAACGCAGUGCCAAAACAUUUCUGGGAUUCUGGUAGUGCUUUAAUUGCUAAUUAUAUGUAGUGACUAAUUUAAUAUAUAUUUUCAUAUGACCCUGCUUGGUGUACAGACCAUGCUGGUGUGUGAUGUUGAGAAUAGAAAAGCAAAUGUGCGAAUGCAACUACAUAUAAUAACUGUUAUGCUAAAUUUCAUGACUUUUCAUUAAAUUUGUUGAAGUUUUCUCUGGUGUUCUUGUUCACUGCUCCCCUGUUUACCGAACAUUACACUGACUGUGUUACUUUUUGAGGUCCCUUCAAUGGCGUUUCACGAAUAUCCAUCAAGUCGAGUAUCAUCCAAGUCAGUGGUAAUUGAAAAAGGCAGUGGAGCAGUGGCGAGCCACCAUUUGGUUCGGUCGUCAUUAAUUUCAAUUGCCAUUGAAAUGUCCAUGUGACAGCGGUAAUAAAGGCAUAAGUGUAGCCCUUAAAGGUUGGCAGUGUGGGCAGUGGAGGAGGAUGUGGUUCAGAUUUUCCAAGACACUGCAGUGAUGGCAGCUUGGGGAGUGAACCUUUCGCAACCAGUAGCAUCACUGAGCAGCAAAAGCGACAUCGUGUCUCUAUCAGUGAAAUAACGCAGCAUCCUGACAAGAGGUAUUUUUGAUAUUCGGAGAUGACCUUGUACAUACUUCACAGUUUAGGCGUGGGGUAUGCUUUUUUCGUACGGCAACUUCACCCUGCAAGUUACCACGGUAAAUGCAUGGGGUGAGGUGAAUGGCUUCCUGGCAGACAGCUCUUACGUGAGCAGGGCCGUAGCGACCCCACAACAUGCUGCUGCAUAUAGAGACCUGGGCAGUGUGAGAUGGAUUUCAUCUUCAUCGUUGUCAUCCUCAUCAUCACCACAAUAAAGCUUGUGUUUGGAACCCCAACAACAUAUGCAAAGCUCUCGGCACUGAGGUAGUAGUUCCAGUGGUAACCACAUCGCUAAUGCAUUAUUAAUCAUCACGUGAUUUUCCGGAACCUUAGCAAUGUUGAUGAGGAAGGGGGUUCAUAGCGAUAGUGCACAUGUAAUGUCCUCUCCUCGAAAAGGUGAAGUGGCUUUCCUGGUGGCCACAAUCGGAACUGUCAUUCAACCUGGCUCUGCCGUGCACGUAUCUACCUGCUCUGUCCAUGUAUCUGUCUGUAGCAGUAGGUUGUGUAUGAGACUAGUAACUGAAAGCGCACAUCAUACAGCUAGGAAAAAGCAUAUUGAGUUGCUGCAAAGGGCAGUGUUCUCAGUGAGUGACCAUGCCGUUCUUUCAAGAAUCAUAUUUGUAGUGUCGACUAUAUGCAGGCACGUAUGGUACAGCUCCCGUCAACCUUAAUAAUAACACUGGAAAAAAUUCUGUCUCAUUUCCGAGCGCGAUAACAGCCACCCUUGGGGCACCGGGGUAAUGUUAAGUGAACAAAAUCCUUGCGUUAUACUAACAGAAUAAAUUUAUUCCAUUACGAUUUCCUCAUGGCUUCAAGGGUUGCUGUAAUCGCGCUCGGGCACGAGACCAUAUUUUUUUUUCAGUGUUAUUAUUAAGGUUGAUGGGAGCUGUACAUACAUUAAGGUCCAUGUACAGUACAUUUUUUGUAGCUAGUGCACAAUGUGCUGUUCGGCAAAGGGAAACAAGACCUGUAACAUAGUGUUGUGUUGACAGUAACAAGACCCUUAGUUACAGUCGUAUUAUAAUUUUAUAAGUUUUAGUGUUGGAACGGUGGGUUUAGCUUUUUCUUUGCAAUACAGAGAACAGUACGGGCCCAUCCCUAAAGGAUAGUUUAGUCUUCCAUCGACAAAAUGGUGUCCUUUCUUGCAAACUCCUCUACGUGCUGUUACUAGGAAGAGAAGUUAUUGGUGCUAACAACGCUACAAAAGCAGUGUUAUACACCAGUCGCAGUAGCCAAGUAGUAAUGAUGCUGCUGUAAUUCUCGAAUACUUGCGCGACAUUGCAUCAAGAACAAACUAGGGCUGCACUUCUCGUUGCUGAAAUUCUUCCGUUAUGUAUUCAAAGUGUCUCGGGAAGAAAAAAAAAGUAUUACUCGCAUAGUGGUGAGCCCACAAAUCACGGUGCAGUGUGUCCUACUCAUUCUUAGUUGUAUAGUAUUACAAAUGCUUUUUUUUAAAUGUAGUCUUGCUGGACAGUGUGCAAUAUGCACUGCACUGAGGCUAUUGCAAAAUGUGCAUACAUACAUACAUACCUGCAUACAUACACAGAUACCUACACACAAGCAUACAAAAGUAGACACAGAUACCUUCCCACCUACAUAGAUACAUGCAAAAGUGCAUACAUAUCUAUACACAUACAAAAAUACAUACACAGAUAUGUACACACAAACAUGCAAAAGUACAUACACAGAUACCUACAUGCAUACAUACAAAAGUACAUAUACAGAUACCUACAUACAUACACACAAAAGUACUGGCGUGGUGACGUUUGAGCACUUAGAAACACACACAAAAGUACAUAUACAGAUACCUACAUUCAUACAUGCAAAUGUACAUACAUACAUACAUACAUACAUACAUACAAAGGCACAUACAUGCACACAAAAGUAUGUGUGCACGCAAAUUACUCGAUUGCUCUUUUGUUGUAACGUAGUCACGGUAUCUGCUUCCACAUGUAACCGUCAUGCAGAAACGUGUUCUCAGUAGAGAUUGAAACCUGUUGCCAUUUUUGUUCCGAGCCAUUUGCUUUAAUGGCUACGACGUGUCAUAGAGGAGAUUUGAUUGCAGAAUACUCAGUUCUUGGAGGGAGCUUUGAUCAACUCCAACGCAUAUUAUGACCUUCACAAUAACAUCUGUCUUAUGCGUUGUAAUUGAAUGAUGCUCCAAUAUGCUCAGGUGGCCAUAGUGAGGGGAUAUACUGUACAGUUAUUGUAAAAGAAACGUGUACAUACCAUGUACCUUGCCAUAUGUGUUCCUGUGCUCUGUAAUAAUUUUUUUAAAGGCUUGAGCUAUCCUGCCAUAUACUAUUUUGUAGGAGGACCAUGCCUGUGUCAUUCUUAAAAUAAAGCCUAAUUUGUAAGGGUA